UGGAGCAACUUGUUCCAUCAAAGCAUGAAUCAAAAACUAAACGGUCCUGUUUGUGCGGGGAUGGAGAUAUCCCGGCGCUAGGACCCAGAACACGUGAGCGUAUUUAGUUAUGCUGGGGGGGAAGACGGUGAACAAUGAAGCAGACUGGUAGGACCAGCAGAGAGGUAGAACAUCUGAAAGCCUCCCCUCCUCCUCUUCCAGAGYUCCGAAGUCCCGCCGGACCGACGGACUGCCCGCAGACUGACAGCUGAUCUGGGUCCGGGGAGCGUGAAGAUGAGUCUGCUGCAGGGAUCAGACCUGAGACUUGCUGCGGAGCGCGGAUCUUGAAUGAAUGGGCUCGGCUGUUGUGCGUGUUGUGGUGCUGAAGUGGGUCAUGCGGACCGCUGGAGGUGCAAGAGCGAAAAAUAAACAAUCCUGUUCCUCCUGCUUGGCGGGUUGAUGAUCAAAGGAUUGACCCCCGCCGCCGCCACCUGCAUCCUCAUCCUCUCAGCAUCACCAGGCUUCAGAGAGAAACUCUGCAAAACAGCUCGGGUCAGCUCGUUUUUGUUGUUUGUUUGUUUUCAACGCAAAUAACUGGUCAGUGGUGGGGAGGAGUGAUCCGUCAGCUUGAAGCAGGGGAUCGGAGCGCAGCAGCUCUGCUCACCGAGCGGAUGCAGGACCAUGGAGGAGGAGAGAGACAGGUCGCCAGCAGCCUGCCACAUGGUGUCAAGACGAGCUUGUCUCUUUCUCCGUCUGGGCCAGGACGGGCAGGCAGCAGCGGAGGCUCGCCUACAUCCAAGACAACCUAUGGCGCAGGGGUCCCGGUGGAGGACAUGCAGGCGCUGGCCAUCACCUCUCUGUCUGCAGCAGAUGUAGCCAAACAGUACGAGCACAUCCGUGAGCUGGGGAAGGGCACGUACGGCAAGGUUGACCUGGUGGCACACAGGACACAAGGCACCAAGAUAGCACUGAAGUUUGUCACAAAGAACAAGACGAAGCUCAAAAGUUUCCUCCGAGAAUACAGUUUAACAGGCUCGCUGAGCUGCAGCCCUUUCAUCAUCAAAGUCCUCGAUGUGCUUUUUGAGACCGAGGACAGCUACGUGUUCGGACAAGAAUACGCCCCCGCCGGAGACCUUUUCGACAUCAUACCACCACAGGUGGGUCUGCCUGAAGAAAUGGUCAAACGCUGCAUGCAACAACUGGGCUUGGCUCUGGACUUUAUGCACAGUAAAAGUUUGGUGCAUCGGGAUGUCAAGCCGGAGAACGUGCUCUUGUUUGACCGUGAGUGCCGCCGCAUCAAGCUGGCCGACUUUGGCAUGACCCGACGGGUGGGCUGCCGUGUCAAACGGGUGAGCGGCACCAUCCCCUACACGGCCCCGGAGGUGUGUCGAGCCAACCGCUCUGAAGGGUUUCUCGUGACGACCAGCUUGGACGUGUGGGCGUUUGGCGUGUUGGUUUUCUGCAUGCUGACGGGGAACUUCCCCUGGGAGGCGGCGCUGCAGGCCGACGCCUUCUACGAGGAGUUUCGGCGCUGGCAGAAGGCGGGCUGUCCGGUGGGGACGUACCCGUCUCAGUGGCGCCGCUUCACUGACGACGCGCUGCGCAUGUUUCAGAGGCUGCUCGCCGCCGAGCCGGAAAAACGCUGCGGGGUCAAGGACGUGUUCUGCUUCAUCAAGUACGAGCUGGUCAGUGAGCUCAGGCGCCGAGCCUCUUACCGGGCGAAAAGAGGCGAGAGGUCAAACUCGGGCGUGUGCACCGGCAGCUGCACGGCUUCCUUGUCCUCGCGUUCCUCUCACAGACACCCUGACCAGUCCACCCCUCCAGGGACGACCUGUCUGCGCCCGGCGCCUCUCAAACGCAGUGUCCUCUCCGAUCCGCUGUCUCCCAGAGAGGAGCAGCCCGGGCAGCACCAAUCUCCAGGCCGAGACAAGAACAAAAGCCAGAUGGUGAUGGCGACAGCGAUAGAAAUCUGUGUGUGAUGUUGGCGC